AUGAUCUCUUUGUACGUAAAUAAAGGUUAUUCAUACAAUCGACCAGUUCUUUCUUUUGAUUCAACGUGGCAUCCAAAUGGAACAACAGUUCUCAAUGAAACUCUUAUUGGAUUCAAUCCUUCAGAUAUGUUUAUCAAUCAAAAUAAUACAAUUUAUGUUCCAAAUCAAGAAAGUGGAGAUAUUCUUGUUUUUCUGCAAGGAAACUUCAGUUUAAUGCAAAAUAUCUCUGUUAAUUUGAUCAAUUCAUCGAGUUUAUUUGUGACAAAAGAAGAAAAGAUUUAUAUUGAUACAUUUUAUUCAUCAAGUCAGUGUUGUAAUGAAAAUCAAACUCUUUAUUGUUCGUUAUCGGACCAGCAUCAAGUCAUUGCAAAAUCCUUACUUAGUCAAUGGGAUUAUCUAUUAACUAUUGCAGGAACAGGAACUGCGGGAUCUGUAUCCACAACGCUUCGAAAUCCCAAAGGAAUCUUUCUUGAUGAGGCCAAUUCAACGUUAUUUGUUGCGGAUUGUGGAAACAAUCGAGUCUUAUCAUUUCGAUUGGAUAGUCGAGGUUAUUUAUUCGUAGUUGAUUCGAAUAAUCAUCGGAUUAUUGGACAAAGUUCAGUUGGUUUUCGUUGUAUAGUUGGUUGUGAUCAAUCGAAUUCCAAUAAAUUAAAUUAUCCAUCGAGUCUUAGUUUUGAUUCGUUUGGAAAUCUUUUCGUUGUGGAUCGAGAAAAUCAUCGAAUUCAAAAAUUUGAUUUGAUUAUCUAUUCAGGACAAUGGAAAACGACAGGAAAUAUGACUUAUAAACGCAUGUAUCACGCGGCAUCGAUCUUAUCGAAUGGAAACGUACUAGUCGAUGGUGGAUGGGGUAGCAGUGGUUAUUUGCAGAGUGCUGAAGUGUAUGAUUCAUCAACGGGCAUUUGGACAACAGUUGGAAAUAUGAAUGUUGCACGAUCUCAACAUACAGCAUCUGUCUUAUUAAAUGGCAAAGUAUUAGCUGCGGGUGGAUCCAAUGGCAGCGUUGAAUUAAAGAGUGCCGAAUUAUAUAAUCCGGCAACAAGUACUUGGUCCAUGAUUGGAAAUAUGAAUACUGCGCGGGCUCAACAUACAGCGUCGAUCCUAACAGACGGAACGAUACUAAUUGCAGGUGGAUGCUGUCCUAUUCUCAAGAGUGCUGAAUUGUAUAAUAUAUCAACAAAUACUUGGACAAUAACCGNAGCUGCGGGUGGAUCCAAUGGCAGCGUUGAAUUAAAGAGUGCCGAAUUAUAUAAUCCGGCAACAAGUACUUGGUCCAUGAUUGGAAAUAUGAAUACUGCGCGGGCUCAACAUACAGCGUCGAUCCUAACAGACGGAACGAUACUAAUUGCAGGUGGAUGCUGUCCUAUUCUCAAGAGUGCUGAAUUGUAUAAUAUAUCAACAAAUACUUGGACAAUAACCGGAAGUAUGAAUGUUGAACGAAGAUUUCAUACAGCAUCGGUCUUAUCAAACGGGAAAGUGUUAGUAGCUGGCGGACAAGGAAGCGGUUCUGUAAACAGUACGGAAUUGUAUGAUCCAUCAACGGGUAUGUGGACGAUUACUGGGAAUAUGAGUUUUGCACGAAAUUAUCAUACAGCAUCGAUCUUAUCAGAUAACACAGUAUUAGUGACUGGUGGAAUUGAUAGUAAUCCUCUGAAUAGUGCCGAAUUGUAUGGUUAA